AUGGCUUCUUGUUUCAAUGAUUAUGCAGUAAAAGUAUCUGAUGCAACAUCUUGUUCAAGCACCGCAAACUUAGCUUGUUAUCCUGCAAACUUGUUGCCUUCAACCAAGAAUGCAAUUUCCUGUCUCUACAAAACCAAGCUAUCUACUGAGAAACAGUUUUACAUUACAAUCUCUUGGUGCAAGAAUAAUAUCGCAAACAGUCAAGGUCUAAGCAUAAACGUAAACGAGAUGUCGUCGCCGAGCUUCAAAUUCAGCACGGAUUACCGGUUGUUCCGACGGAAGAAAGGUACUCGGAAACUAGAAGCCGGGAGUUCAAAGGUUGAGCUUUUCUGGGAUAUCUCCAUGGCUAAGUACGGUUUGGAACCGGAACCUGUAACGGGGUUUUACGUCGCGGUCGUAAUUGACUCUGAACUAGUACUUCUUCUAGGAGACAUGGGUGGUGAAGAAUUAUCAUCUGCUUCAAAGAAGUACAUUUCAAGUUUAUGCAGAAUUGCGAAAUUCUCAUUAGUUUCCCGGAGAGAACAUUUCAACGGCAACAACCUCUACAACACCAAGGCGCAAUUCAGUGAUUUGGGCACUGCUCAUGAUAUACUGAUAAAAUGCACGAGAGAAGACGGCCCGGUACUAUCGGUUUUGAUCGAUAAAAAGAAAGUCAUACGGGUGAAGAGCUUGCAGUGGAAUUUCCGGGGGAACCGGACUAUAUUCGUCGACGGAGUCUUGAUCGAUAUGAUGUGGGAUGUUCAUGAUUGGUUCUUUAAUAAAGAAGAGGCUGGGAAUGCUGUGUUCAUGUUUAGGAGGAGAAGUGGAUUAGAUACGAAGUUGUGGUUAGAAGAAAAGGUUUUUCAGAAAGAGCAGGAGAAAGUUGAGUUUUCUUUGUUGAUUUUUGCUUCUAAGAAAAACAACCACAACCCUUAA